AUGAUUGGACCAAGCAAUCACAUAUCCGGUGAAAGGGGUUUCAACAUUGAGAUAUUGGCUGAGAAACGCAAAUUGCUACCCGUUUCCAUCACUGAGCAGUCAGGCUAUCUUUCAGGUCCAGUAUUACGGAUCGGCCUUUAUGGUUAUGGCUGGAACGUCAAUUGGUCGGUGGUAGAAUCUCACAUCAUGAUCGUUAUGGUUGUAAUUAGGGCUAGAGACUCUAGCAUAAUGAGCAAAUCGGCAGUCCAAAUUCGAUUGGAUCUAAAAACUAACGUCGUUACGGGGUACGCAUCACAACAUGUCUUACAACAGACAUCGCACAUCAACUUGGGGCCAUCAUCGGACUCUUCUCAUGGCUUCGAGAAUUAG